GAAAACCUUUGCUGUUGGUAAAAGAGAAUGGCGAGAAAUUGGUGGCUUAAAUUUCCGCUCCGCCGCAGGAACUUUGAAGCUUGUCAGCUUUUCUUUCUUUGAUACCGAACGAGGGGUAUAUAUAUAAAUACAUACGUUCCAGCACAACUAAAAUGAAGCAAAAGCCGCCAGUGAUUACUACGCCAAGUUCCAAUUGGAAGAAGUUACUUCCGACCAUUCAACAAGCAGAACCUAAAAAACCAAACGACAAAAAACGAAAAGCUAAAGAUCAGCAUUCCGAUGGCAAAUUUAAACGAUCAAAAAAGACAAUUGGAACCGUUCUUCAAGUUGAAAAAUCGACAAAGACUGCAACAACAUCCGUUCCGUCCAAAGACGAACUAUGGUUCGGCGAAGAUAUUGACGAGAAAACGUUCGAACAAGUGUACGGCAAACGCAAAACAGCCAAGGAGAUCAAAGAAAUGAAAAAAGAAAUGGUGCAACAGAUGGACACUGUUUCAGGAGACCAGGCAAAGAUCGGCAAGUACGUAGCUAUUGAUUGUGAAAUGGUGGGUAUUGGGGAAGACGGCGUUGCAUCAGCGUUGGCUCGGGUCAGUUUGGUCAACUUUCACGGUGCUGUACUACUGGAUUCCUAUGUCAAGCCAAUGGAUCGUGUCACCGAUUAUCGAACCUUUGUCAGCGGUAUUAAGCCCGAGCACUUGAAGGACGCAAUGUCGUUUCGAGAAGCACAGCAAAAAGUCAACGAUAUCAUUCAGGACCGCAUUCUAGUCGGCCACGCCGUUCAGAACGAUUUAUCGGUAUUGAUGUUAACUCAUCCGCCAUUAAUGAUUCGAGACACUUCAAAAUUCAAGGCGUUCCGCGAGUUAGCGGCUGGACGAACGCCAGGUCUGAAGAAGCUAGUAAAGGAGAUAUUGGAGAUUGAUAUUCAAUCCGGAAGUCACUCUUCGAUUGAAGACGCACGGUUCACGAUGAUGCUGUAUCGCAAGGUCAAAGACGAGUGGGAAAAGGAGCUAGGUGCACGCGUAGGCUUAAAGAUGAAGGCGAUGAAUGAGAAGCUCAAUGCACGCGCACUGAAGCAAGAGCGACAAGAUGCACAAACCGCAGCAGCAAGUAGCAAAAAGCAAAAACGCAAGAAAAACUAAAGUUACCCCUCUCUUACCCCUACCUUACUCCAACACUCACUCAUCCAGCGCAUCUAAUACUUCAUACAAACCCACCUUUCAUUAUGUCAUGUACUGUAUAAAAAAAAG